AUGGGCGAGGAGGAUCUGGCGGCUUUCAAGGUUCCCACAGGAUGCCUAGAAUCAGAGGGACCAGUUCGUGCAGGUUGUCCAGCAUUGGUCAGGUUGCCCCCAGCAGCGCCGGGUGGCUAUCGGAGCCACCUACAUUGCUUAACAGAUAUGGUUAGCCAGGAACGCUUGGACCUUUGGUGUACGCAGCUUGUCUUCGAGGUAAAACCAUGUACGGUGUUCUUUAUGUGGGAGCCUCCAUCCCCGAGCUUUCUCAAGGUCAAUUUCGGCGGAUCGGCACUAGAUGGAGGAAGUAGAGAGGGUGCGGGUUUUGUCAUCAAAGACCCAUGUUCGAGGGUGGCGGCGGCUAGUGGCUAUCAGCUAUCUGACACCUCGAUUUCCGGUGCUGAGCUGCGAGCUACCUGGGACGAGAGCAUGCAUUCGGGCGCAGAUGUCGAGGCGUUCACCGCUGCUCUUAACCGGGACAUCAGUGGCGGUGCUCCCUCCGCCUCCGAGCCCUCUGAUUCCAAUGCCGGAGUAUUGUUGCAAGGGCAUAGUUCUACGUCAAGCCAGUUAUUUGGACAGUGGCAGACUUCCAGUCAAGAGAAAAAUCUUGUCCAGAAUAUUCGACUGGAAGAAGAAUAUCAGCAGUUCCAAUCCAUAGAGCGACAUUUACCACAUGCGAGUUCAAUGCAGAAUAAUUUUGGUGCAGAAGACCAACUCCAACAAAAUAGACAAUUGGGGCAUAAUCAGCCAGUGUUGGAGCAGGAGAAUUUGCACCAUGAUCAGCAGCAACAACGGAUCAAAAACAAUCCCUUUCAGUUUUUUGACAAAAAUCAGCCUUACCUUGAUAAAGAUAGAUUCAUGCAGCUUCAGGCUGUAUAUGAUAAACUGGCGAACAACAAAAUUUCCACGGAAGACUUCGUAAGGGCCAGCGGGAAUAUUGUUGGGGACCAGUUGCUUAGACAGGCAGCUCAUCAAGUAAUGCAGCAGCAACAAGCUCAGGCAGUAAAUCAGAACCAAUGUAACCCACAGAUUCAAGCUUCUUCUCAACAACUUCUAUAUUCUGGUACUAACCAGCAUAUCAGACCUCAAACGUUUCCAUUACUCCCUCCCAUGCCCUCAUCACAGAAUCAGAAAGAAGACAAAUCAUCUCCUCUCCAGCAUCAUGCUUCAGCUUCAACUGUUCAAUUGCAGACUGAUACAAGCUUCUCAACUCCUGAGAACACCGGUAGGAAGUCCAAAAAAAUUGAAAAUAUGUCAGAUUGCAAGGGGAUGCAUUCUGCCCCAUCUCCUUCGACCAGCAUGAAUGUGGUCAGUCCAGAGAAGGAAAUCUCAACAUUUUCAUCACAAGCAGUUAAAAAGUCACGGCAACAGUUACAAGUUCCGCAAACAUCUUUCUCUAUGUAUGGAAACUCAAUUAGUAAUUUAGACGCUUGUACAUAUCCAAGGCCUUCUAUUGGUGCUGCAGCAACUUCUUUGAGGCCUCAACCUCAGAAUUCACAAAUGAGGCAAGCUAUGGCUUCUCAGGGCGUUGUUUCAACACAAUCAAGGUCCACUCAGCCCAUGAAUGCAGUGAAUAUGACCAAAUGUGAGAUGCAAAAUUUGUCAAAUGAAACCAAAAGACUGCAUGGUGACUCUCUGUCUUACCUGUCAAACCAAUCAGCACAUAAGAAAAAUCCAAAUGCAUGGCAGCUGCCUACAGCUAAUAUACUAAAUAAAAAUCCGAAAAACAGUCCCUUCCCUUUUGUAAAGCAAGAAGUAGUUGAUCAGUCUGCUGAACCUCAAAACAAGAGUCAAGUUGGAGCUUCAAAAGGUUCUUCUUUUGAAUCAGAGUAUGCUGACCAAGGGAGUCCAACAUCUGGACAUAUGAAGGAUGAAACACUUGAAAAAAGGUUAUCUAGAGUGGGUUUAUCUGCAUCUACAAGUACAAUGACACAGAAUCUGAUUUCAGGUUCAGUGGCAAGUCAAUCAGUUUCCAUAAUGCAGAUGCACUCUCAGAUUUCAUCUGCAACCCCAUCAGUUCUUGCAGGAACUGCUACGAAAACCCCUCCAAAGAAGAUUACUGUUGGACAGAAAAAACCACUUGAAGUGCUAGAAACUUCCCCUCCCCAGUCGAGCAAAAAGCAGAAGACUUCUGGAGCUUUUCUUGCCCAAAGCAUUGAACAGCUCAAUGAUGUUACGGCUGUCAGUGGAGUUGAUUUGAAGGAAGAAGAAGAGCAACUUUUGUCUACUCCCGAGGAGGAGAGUCAGGCUUCAGAGACAGCUCGUAGAAUGGUACAAAAAGAAGAAGAAAGGUUAAUUCUGCAGAAGGGCCCUCUUCAGAAAAAAAUAGCAAAAAUCAUGUCCAAAUGUGGUAUUCAGAGCGUUAGCAGUGAUGUGGAGCACUGCCUGUCAAUGUGCCUGGAGGAACGUUUGCGGGGAUUAGUAGUCAAUCUGAUAAGACUAUCGAAACAAAGGAUUGAUAUUGAAAAGACAAGGCACCAACUUGUUGGUACCUCAGAUGUUUGUCGCCAAAUUUCAAUGAUGAAUCGUAAAGCCAAGGAGGAGUGGGAGAAAAGGCAGGCUGAAGAAGCUGACAAGCUUCGAAAACAUAAUGAAGGGAACACGGGGGCUGAUGGAGACAAGCACAAAGACGAAGGUCGUUCCAAGACUCACAAGAUCAGUAAGGAGGAUGAUAAAAUCAGGGCCACAGCUGCCAAUGUUGCUGCUCGAGCUGCAGUUGGAGGGGAUGAUAUUCUCUCAAAGUGGCAACUUAUGGCUGAGCAGGCCAGGCAGAAGCGUGAAGGGAGACUGGAGGGGGCUUCUUGUUGCCAUCAAGAUAAGAUUACAGGCAACAAGUCCUUGCCGAACUCUGGAAGAAGUUCAAGUGAACGACAAGAAGUUGGAAGAAGAGGCGCCCCUGCUGCUUUUUUAUGUGGCAAGUGGGGCAUGAGAAAAUCUGGGAGGGGCUCAGCAACAAUGCUGCCAAAAAUUGCACGCCGCAUCUCUGCCAAAGACGUGAUUGUGGUCCUGGAGAGGGAGCCACAAAUGUCGAGGUCAGCUUUGAUUUAUCGAUUGUAUGAAAGGAUGCCUCGUGAUUCUGCAGCAGCAUAGUCAAGCACAAGUAUUAUCUCCUACAGUAAGGCUCCCAAAUUUCCGACCAGUGUAAUUAUCUUAAUGGUUGUAUCUACAAUAUUAGAGUCAUUGGAUGGAUCCGAAAUCGCCACUGAAUAAGAUACAAAGGUGAAAAAGAUGAUUACUGAACUUGUGGAGAGUCAGCCAGAUAGACCAUCAAUGCUAACUUCUUUUUUCUUUUCUUUUCUUUAGUAUAUUUGUAUAGUUGUCCACGGUCAUUGGAUUCCCAUGAACCAGUGCAAUGUCCACAUAUUCAUGGUGUAUGGAAAGUAG